GCGGCGGCGCUAUGGGGGCGGGGCGAGCUGUGGGCACCGGCACGGAUGCACGGCGCGGACGAGGAGGAGGAGGCGGCGGCGGCGAGGGGGCCGCGAAUGAGCGCGGCGAGCACGCAGACCGACAGCAUGGCUGGCCAAAUACCCAGGCUUUCUAAGGUCAAUCUUUUUACUUUGUUCAGUCUCUGGAUGGAGCUCUUUCCUUCUGCCGAACAACAGAAGAAAUCACAGGUAAAGAAGAGCGGUCUGGUUGUGGUGAAGAACAUGACCAUUAUUGGUCUUCAUUGUUCCAGUCCAGACCUGCAUGCUGGUCAGAUCGCGCUCAUUAAACAUGGAUCGAGACUUAAAAACUGUGAUCUUUACUUUUCCAGAAAACCGUGUUCAACUUGCUUAAAAAUGAUUGUAAACGCUGGAGUGAACAGGAUUUCUUACUGGCCCGCAGAUCCUGAAAUCAGCUUGCAGAAUGAGGCAUCCAAUCCUGCGAUGACCAGUGAUGCAAAGCUCGAUGCCAAAGCAGUAGAAAGGCUGAAGUCAAACAGCCGUGCUCGGGUGUGUGUGUUGCUUCAGCCCUUGGUGUGCUACAUGGUGCAGUUUAUUGAAGAAACUUCCACCAAGCUUGAUUUUAUUAAAAAAAUAGCCAAAUCCCAGCCUGACUUUAAUACUGACUUUUAUACUGCAUGUAGACAAGAAAGAAUUAAAGAAUAUGAAAGUUUAUUCCUGAUUUCAAAUGAGGAGACACACAAGCAAAUAUUGAUGACCAUAGGACUGGAGAACCUCUGUGAAAAUCCAUACUUCAGCAAUCUUAGGCAAAAUAUGAAAGAUCUGGUCUUGGUCUUGGCCACGGUGGCUGCCAGCGUCCCUGUCUUUGGUUGCUUUGGAUUUUACAGCAGUGAACCACAGCCAGCAAAUGAAACAUGCCAUCAGGGUUUGCCCCAAGAGAUUGCAAGGCACUGUAUGGUACAAGCCAGGCUGCUCGCCUACCGGACAGAGGAUCAUAAAACAGGAGUCGGAGCUAUUAUUUGGGCAGAAGAAAAAGCAAGAAGCUGUGAUGGAACAGGAGCAAUGUAUUUCGUAGGCUGCGGUUACAAUGCCUUUCCUGUUGGAUCUGAAUAUGCUGAUUUUCCACACAUGGAUGACAAACAAAAAGAUCGGGAAAUCAGGAAGUUCAGAUACAUCAUACAUGCUGAGCAGAACGCCUUGACAUUCAGGUGUCGAGAAAUAAAGCCAGACGAGAGAAGCAUGAUAUUUGUGACAAAAUGUCCUUGUGAUGAAUGUGUCCCUUUAAUCAAAGGGGCUGGUAUCAAGCAAAUCUAUGCAGGAGAUGUCGAUGCGGGAAAAAAGAAAGCAGAUAUUUCCUAUAUGAAGUUUGGUGAACUGGAGGGUGUAAGCAAAUUUACUUGGCAGUUAAAUCCAUGCCACCCUAAUGCCGUUGAGUUCCAUGAUCCCACAAUGAGGGAAAAUGGAGUUCAGAAGACAAAAUCAGUAGAUGAUCAGCAGCACCAGAACAAGAAACUGUGUCUUGGUCACUACUGAAUAAUCACUUAAGCACUCCUGCAUUCUUGCUCUGUGCUUUUUAUAACGCAGCCUGUUUGCACUUUCAAAUAACGAAGGAUUUUAUUUAUUGUUUGGAAAGUGAUUUUUAGAAUAACUUUAUUUAUGAUGCCUUGAAUGUUUUUCAGAAUUACUUGAAGGUCUUUUUAAUUUAGAAGUUCCUGGGGAAAAAAUGCUGCUUGUAUUUUCUAUGAAAGUAAUUGGGUGGCAAAUAAUUGUUAAUGCAUAAGAACAAAUGCAGAAAUUUGUUGCUGGUAGAUCAGAGGAAUAAUAAAAUGUUAUCUCUUU